CUUGCUUACACCCCGGAAACACGUCGUGUGGAUUCUCUUUCUUCAAAAUCAUCUGCUGGGUUUAUGAUCGAGGCGAUUCCAGUCUUACGGUGCAAGCUUCGCUCACUACUCCGCGACCGCCGGCAGAGGAGGGGGGCUCUGUGAAGCGAGCCGUAGCGCAGUGUCGACCCUCCUUGCUGUAGCGUGCCACCGCAAGGACGAGAGUCAGCCAGCCAGUCCGCGCUCUGCCACAUCCCGGGCGAAGGGCUGGGCGCGCGCGCGGAACUGCCUGAACGAGCACUCGCUGUCCCCGCACUCCGCACGAGCCGACGCCGCGUCCUCCUCGCGAUGGGGAACGCAGCGGCCACCAAGAAAGGCAGCGAGGUGGAGAGCGAGACUUUUGUGAAAGAGUUUUUAGCUAAAGCCAAAGAAGAUUUCCUACGAAAAUGGGAAUGUCCACCACAGUGCACAAGCGGUCUGGAAGACUUCGAAAGGCUGAAGACCCUCGGCACAGGGUCCUUCGGCAGGGUCAUGCUGGUGAAACACAAAGGGACAGAGCAGUUCUACGCCAUGAAGAUCCUAGACAAACACAAGGUGGUGAAAUUGAAGCAAAUAGAACACACGCUAAAUGAGAAGAGAAUAUUACAAGCUGUGUCUUUCCCUUUCCUCGUCAAGCUGGAAUAUGCCUUCAGGGAUAAUUCCAAUUUGUAUAUGGUAAUGGAGUAUGUACCAGGCGGUGAGAUGUUCUCACAUCUUAGAAGAAUCGGGAGGUUCAGUGAACCCCAUGCACGCUUUUACGCAGCACAGAUAGUGCUGACUUUUGAGUACCUCCACUCCCUAGACCUCAUCUACAGAGACCUGAAACCCGAAAACCUGCUCAUCGAUCAGCACGGAUACAUUCAGGUCACUGAUUUUGGCUUUGCGAAGAGAGUGAAGGGCCGAACCUGGACGUUGUGCGGCACCCCAGAGUACCUGGCGCCUGAGAUCAUCCUCAGCAAGGGCUACAACAAGGCCGUGGACUGGUGGGCGCUGGGAGUGCUCAUCUAUGAAAUGGCUGCUGGCUACCCACCGUUCUUCGCAGACCAGCCGAUUCAGAUCUACGAGAAGAUAGUGUCUGGGAAGGUGCGAUUCCCAUCUCACUUCAGUUCAGAUUUGAAAGACUUGCUAAGGAAUCUGCUGCAGGUCGACCUGACGAAACGGUAUGGCAACCUCAAGAACGGUGUCAAUGACAUCAAGAACCACAAAUGGUUCGCCACGACAGAUUGGAUCGCCAUCUACGAGAGGAAGGUAGAGGCGCCGUUCAUCCCAAAGUGCAGAGGCCCCGGCGAUACAAGCAACUUUGACGACUAUGAGGAGGAGGACAUCCGUGUAUCAAUUACAGAAAAAUGCGGGAAAGAAUUUGCAGAGUUUUAGUUGGGACACAGAGCUAUACGUAUGCAUAUAUACGUAUAUGUAUUUAUCUAUAUAUGUAUAUAUAUAUAUGUAUAUAUAUAUGUGUGUGCGUGCGUGUGAGAGACUGUGUGCGUGUGCGUGUGUGUCAUACAAACUAAAUAAGGGGAUCUUUGCACUCUAGAGACAUGGGGAUGGAGAAGAGACCAUAUCACCCAUCACAGUUACAGCAUCGCGCCUUCAUUCCAUCUGGUACAACGACAGGUCAACGAGACCCCUGUGCUUAAACAGUGCAUAGCGUUACACAUCAUAUCAGACACUUCACUCAUCCAUAUAAGAACCCCACCUCCCUCCCCCUUGCGUGUCUGUGCGUGUGUGCGUGCGCCUUUCCUUCCCUAUUUUUAAAAGGUGAAAGGAAGAAGGUAUUAUCCAGUGUUCAAGACUAAGACUUGGUGGGAGGGGAAGAAAUUCAAAGGCCAAUGUAACAGUGUGUCAAUGUCGUACGGCAUGAUGCCUCUUGGGGCACUGCCAGUAUCUCAUGGUUGCGAUUUGAGAGCUAGAUGUUGCCUGUAGCAUUCAGCAGAUUUGUCUGUUACAUGUUUGUUUUGCUUUUUUUUUGUUGUUGUUGUUCUUAUUCUGAGUAACGACACACGUUUUCUUACCUCAGACUAGACCUCUGACCACUUUCAGCUUUCAGAGGCUCCACUUGUUCCUCGUCCGUCUGUCUUGUUUUUGAAAGGGUCUUUACUUCAAGCAGUGUGAGUGUAGAAAGCAUGACCAAAACUGUUGAGCUGUGGGUGGCAGAUGUGGAGAUCUCGAUCCUCCAGAUUUGCCUUAGGCCGCCCAACACUGCUGAGCCAGGAGAACGUUACGCUGAUCCUUAUGCAACUGUGUUGGAGUGGACGGCCAGCUUGACCACACUGAGACGCCUCACGCAUACUGACACAGUCUGGCCUUCUGCCUUAUUUUACCAGUGCAUAAGGUAUUGUUUUACUUUUUGUGUAUUUCAGUCGUUUGAAUUCGAUGUAAAGCGGAAAUCAUGCCGCAUAUAUUUUCUGUGACGUGACUUAUUUCUGAGUGAAAUGGGAAAUGCAGGCGGGAAGUGAUGCAUAGUGAGACUUGGUUUUAUCCACUGGGAUUAGAUUGGCUCGACAUAUUGUUGGUUAAUCUCUUCCCCACCCGCCCCCAGCCUUUAUGUAGCCAGAAAUAAGAUGAUGUCUUUGAGGCAGGCAAAAGUCAUUGUAUUUUCCUAGAUUACAGAAGAGACUUUUGUCUUUUAAAUGAUACAAUGAUGAUUCAUGCACAAUAUGACCAGGAACAUGAACUAACUAGGUUUAAAAAAAAAAAAAGGUCAAUUUUGCUUUUAACUUGUCUUUAAUCUAAACACUUUUCUCUUAUAAUACCCUGAUUAAACUCUUAAGAUUUGGCUCAAAAUAUCUCAUAUUCAAAUUACUACAUAUUUUCAUUAAAAACCUGUGCACAAAUUGUGAAUGUGAAUCUGAGAGUGGCCUGGUUUCCUAAAAAGCAUUUUGGUGCUUGAAUGAACUGAAGGUUCUUAGUGUUUAGUCUUUGAACUGUUCCAGUUCUAUUCCAGAAACCAAACACUAACGAUCCUGUUAAAAAACAUACAAAAUAACAGUAUUUUCUUCCUUUUUAAACUGUCAAAUUUCACAAAGUUCAAGCAAAAUUGUGGAACUUGAAAUCCCUUUGCCCACACUUUUGCUGUUGAAUUUCUUUUUCCCCAUGAUAGAAAUGCAGAGUUGCAACUAGGUAUGCAAAUUGUUUGCAGUGUUUGAGUUUCAAGGUACAUUCUCACAGACACCUUUAAACAGACCAGGGUUUAUUAACCUUGACUUCUUUGUAUCACGAUUCAGUUAUUGUUCUGAUCAUAAGGCAUAUAUGCAUUGUUUUUAUGUUUUUAUUUAUACACACACUAGAGAUGCUAAUAAAUUUUAUUUUUAAAAUUG